AUGGGAUCAGAAACAGCAACUCAGCUUCCACUCAUUGAUUUCUCAAAGAUUUAUCUUCACCAAUCAACCCCAGAUGAUUGGAAUUCAGUCAAAAUCCAAGUCCAUGAAGCACUUACUGAAUACGGUUUCUUCCGAGCAUCAAUGGCCGGAAUGUCGCCGGAGUUCCGGAGUUCUUUGUUUGGUUCAUUGGACCAGCUUUUCGAUCUUCCUAUGGAAACCAAACUCAAAAGCAUCUCCGAUAAACCUUUCCAUGGCUACAUCGGUCACUCUCCGACCAUGCCACUCUAUGAAAGCAUGGCCGUUCCUGAUGCUCCGGUCGCCGGAGAAGUUGAAGCUUUCACCAACUUCUUUUGGCCCCAUGGCAAUCCCGUAUUCAGUGAAAGCAUUCGCAAUAUCUCCGAUAAGUUGUAUUGGUUGGAUCGGACGGUUAGGAAAAUGGUUAUAGAAAGUAUGGGGCUCGAGAAAUACUCCGAUGAUCAUAUGGAUAGCACGAAGCACCUUCUUCGUGUAGCGAAGUACAGAGGGCCGGACACUGACGAAUCCAUCACGGGACUUACUUCGCAUAUCGACAAGACGACACUAUCCAUUUUGUACCAAAAUGAAGUUGCGGGAUUAGAGCUCGAGACGAAAAGCGGAGAGUGGAUCAGAGUCAAGCAGUCACCGGAUUCAUUCACGGUUUUCGUAGGAGAGGUUUUUCAUGCAUGGUCGAAUGGUCGGUUACAUGCCCCGUAUCAUCGUGUGAUGAUGACGGGAAAGGAAACUCGGUAUUCGCUUGGAUUGUUUUCCGUCCCGAAGCCGAGCUACAUAACGAGGGUCCCACAUGAAUUGGUGACCGAAGAACACCCUUUGUUGUUCAAUCCUUUUGACUACGAUGAGUUCCUGAAGCACAUGUUCACGGGAAAGAUUGGCGCAAAUGCAGAUGCUCUCGAUACUUAUUGUGGUGCGAAGGAAUCCGAGCUAACAACAUAUUCUAAAUCUUGACGUAAGAUAUG